GUGAAACCUGCGCAUGCGUAGUACACGUAAAAACAAACAUUUUGACAGAUUUCUGAUGUUUAGUAAAAUACCGAUUUCUGAAGUGUCAGUCCUCUUGCAAUGUUCUAGAUAUGUGAUUUUAAUGCAAUUAAUUACGAACCACAUGUAAAUUACAAGAUCUGACUAAAAUCAUUUUUAUUUGAUAAUAUUGCCGGGACAUUGUUGAGAAAUGAGCGGAGCAACACCAAGCCCUGCUGGAGCAGAAGGUGGUGAAAAACAAGAGGGGACUGAGUCUGAAAACUCAGUGUAUGAGUGCAACAUAUGCCUGGAUACAGCAAGAGAUGCAGUAGUUAGCAUGUGUGGACAUUUAUUUUGUUGGCCAUGUUUACAUCAGUGGUUGGAGACAAGACCAAACAGACAGACAUGUCCUGUGUGUAAAGCAGGUAUUUCUAAAGAUCAGGUCGUACCAAUCUAUGGCAGAGGCAGCACAGAUAAUAAAGAUCCUAGAGAAAAAUUACCACCUAGACCUCAGGGACAGAGGGCAGAGCCAGAGAAUCAGGGAGGAUUUCCAGGGUUUGGAUUUGGUGAUGGAGGUUUUCAUAUGUCUUUCGGUAUUGGUGCAUUUCCGUUUGGUAUCUUUGCGUCUACAUUUAACUUCAAUGAUGGCAGGCCUGGCCCACCGCCCGCGGGCUCGGCCCAGUAUCAAGAAGAACAGAUGUUGUCAAAAUUUUUCCUCUGGGUGGCUGUGAUCUUUAUUAUCUGGUUGUUACUUGCCUGAUGUGAAGCUUGGAGUUAUGUUACUCAGUAUAACUGAACUUACAGUGACAAGAAUCUAUUUCACAAGUGAGAAGAGAAGGCUGAAGAAUCGUUUUACGGAUUUACAGAAAAGAGACAUCGUAAACAGACUGAAGGCCUUGUUGAAAAAUGUUUAGGCAUUGGCCUACCAGGUGCAAUCACUGCGGUGCCAGUGUUUUACCAUGUUAUGUUUAGUCCUUUUUAUGUUGUUUUUUUUUGCUAUACAAAUCUAGUUUCAUGUUCAUGUAAACACUUUCGGAAGCAAGUUUUUUCAGAGUAAAAAUAGGCAGUAAUUUCAAUUUCUAUUCUAUAUAUUUCUGCAAGCUUUAUUGGGUAUUGUUAUCAGUUUUGAUAUAAGCUAAUCAUUUUAAGGCAGCCUUAAGAUAAGAUCAUUACAUUUUAACCAUACUGCAGUUGGUUCCUUCUAAAUUUUUGUUUCAUAUUGAUUUUUGCCAUAAAUAGUACCUGUAUCACAGUGCAUUUUUAAGGGUAAUCAGUUCUGUUUCUUUUUGCAGGUAAACUUUUUUGUAGUAAUAUUGCAUUUAAUGAUAUGUCUUAAAUAUCUUCGAACAAGAUUUGCAGAUGUAGAGAGAAGUUAUUUUACGCAGACUUUAUUUAUUGUUCUAGUAAUCAGUUGAAAAACUUAUUUUUUAUAAUGUUGACUUAGUAACUGUAAUUGUGUUUGUCAACAUUGCAUUUAUCUUGCAUACAUGGAGAUGUAAAGGAAAAUAAAAUGCUGGUAAGCAUCCAGAUGUGGAUACUUCAAUAAGAGGUACAAGUAGGCUCACACAUUUCGAUACUGAUAUUUAGUUUACAUAUAUUAUUAAGCAGAUACUUAUAAAAUUUCCCUGCUUUUACUGUUACAGUCAACUAAAAAAAAGGUAAAAUAAAAUUAUUGAAAAUUUCCCAACAUGUGUACACUUAAGUUGUGUUUUAAGUGGUGUACUGUCAGAUAUUUUAAAAUGCUGUUUCUUGAAAUUGCAUGAACUUUUAAUGUCUAGUCUAAUGUUGAAAACAAUGUUUGUACAUACGUUUCCUAUUUUUCCUUGCCACAACAUUCCAAGGAAAUUGCUCUCUACAAUUUUUUUUAUUUAUUGUGUAGUAACCGGGGUAUAUAGGAGUGAGCUUGGCGGUUGGUCAGUCCGUUGGUUUUCAUGGUUUCCGGAUGAUAACUCAUGAAAGGCUUGACCGAUUUAAAUAAUUUUUUGUACACAGGUGUAACAUCAGAAAAUACAGGUCAAGUUCAAAUUUGGGAUCAGUAGGUCAAAGAUCAAGGUCACAGUGACCCUGAACAGUAAAACGGUUGCCGGAUGAUAACUUGAGAACGCUUGGGUCUAGGAUCAUAAAUUUUUGUACACAGGUGUAACAUGAUAAAAUACAGGUCAAGUUUGACUUUGAGGCUAGUAGGUCAAAGGUCAAGGUCACAAUAACACGAAACAGUUAAACGGUUUCCGGAUGGUAACUCGAGAACGCUUGGGCCUAGGAUCAUGAAAAUUGGUAGGGAGGUUGGUUAUGACCAGCAGAUGACCCCUAGUGAUUUUGAGGUCAGAAGGUCACAGUGACCCGGAACAUUUAAACAGUUUUCGGACAAUAACUUCAGAGUGCUUGGGCCCAGGAUCACGAAACUUAAUUGGGAGGUUGGUCAUGACCAGCAGAUGACUAUUUAUUUUGAGGUCAGUAAGUCAAAGGUCAAGCGAGUUCACCUUUGACAUUGGCUUAGUUCUGUGACAAGGCCAUAUUGUGGGGGUAUAAUUCGUCACUCCUUUGACAACUCUAGAUUUUAUUAUAAUUUUUCUUGAUUUUUUUUUUUAAUUUGAUGCAGAUUUAUUUUCAAGAGACUCAGGGAAGUCAAAGCUAAGACCUAAAUUUUUUUGUUCAAUUUUGAUGAUAUUUUUUGUGGGCCAGUUUACAAAUUGGUGAAGAAAAUAGGAGAUAAUUAAGCAGAGGUGUUAUGCUAUUAUUGGUGUAUUAUAAUAUUCAUGCUAUCUGUCAAGUGGUUUGUUAAAUCAUAUUGUAUUGUAUAGAAAAUAACACAUUCAUUCAAACUACUACUGGAACUGUGGGCAUAUAAUUUUGUGGUUUUGCCUAAAAUGAUUAUGUAUAUUUUAUUGGGACAUGAAUUCAUAUAUACCCACUUAUCAACAUGAAAGAAAGUGAACUCUGCUUGCAAGUAUUAAUGAUUCAGCAGAGUCCCAGUCCAUGCUUUAACAUCUGUCCAUCUGGAUUUCAGAACUUUCCAUCAUGUUAUACAUACUUCCAUAAAAACAUGUUUUUGUAAAUAGAUACAGCAUUUAACUUUAAACUCACCUUUAUGUAACUUUUUUUUUAAUAGAUAUAAACGACAAUAUAAAUUUUUUAAAAAUGACAUCCGUGUGUGCUUGCCUUUAAAAAGCAAGGUCUCUCAUUGUUCAGGUUAAUGGUUAAUAUUACAUACAUAUAUAUUUUCACACCCAGUAUCAGUACUGUUUGAAGAGUUCUGAAAUACACCAUUGCAACUCUACAACCACACUGAACUUGAAAUUAUUUAUGCAGUAUAUCCUUACAUUACACUGCACUGACAAAAACAUAUUUGGUGUGGGAUGCUAAUUAAUAAAAUUUGCAUGUUUCAGAUUUACAUAAUCAUUUUAAUUGGUGAUAAAUUUUCACUGGUGUUCAUAUUUAUCUGUAGUUGUUGGAUUUUCACCAGUGUGUAAUCUUUAUUUAAAGAGCAUUUAAUUCUCGCAUGAAUGUGAAUAUUUACUUGAAUUAAUUCAAUAGUCUUGUCAGUGAAAUGAAUUUAUACAUUUGAAGAGAGUCAGUGGCGCAGUGGUUAGCAGGUUGGACUACAACGCCAGCAGUCCACGUUCAAUUCCCGGUCGCGGCUGAUAUCCCGACUAGUGUUCAGUGUUGGGUGAUUAACUUAAAUUGGUACUGUUUUCAGCAGUAGCAGCCUAAACUGGAUGCUGGGGAGGUAAAUAUGACGCCUGCUGUGGGUUUGGCUGGAAAGAAGUUCUUCUAUCCAUUCCUAGUGGGGACUUUCGUCGACUACCCACGUUUAACAAGAAACUUUACCUUUACCUUUUGAUGUGUUAUUGAAGACAUACUGUACUCGUCUUUUACUGAAAUAUCUUCCUCAGUAAAAAAUUGUGUUUAACAGUCUGUUGUUAAGAAAAAAAAACUUAUCUUACUGUGGUUGCUAAGUGUGUACUAUUUUUAAGCUCACACACAAUAAUUUCUUUACACAUAGACAUGUUUGUUUAAUGUUUGCAUGGAUACUGUAAAAUAAUAGUUUUUCCAAAUAUGAAAUUUGGAUGUCAUAAAAUGACUCGUAUAAUUUAUUCUGACAUGGCUCAAUUCGAUUGCUAGUUAAACAAAAAAGAAGUUUAAGCUCAGU